GGGGGGGGGGGACAUCUAUGCGCCGAAAGGAAGGAGAGAAGCGGCGUCACAGGCCCCCGUGGUCUCCUGCGUGUGGCCGCGGGCGCUCUGAUCAGCACCUGCGAGUCGCAUCAAGGUGGCUUAUGAGCUGGUUGAGACGGCACGCGCGCGCGCCCCCGCGAAUCACGCUUAUUCACGCAUCGGCGCUUUGCGAUGACCGCACGGAUUUGAAAAUGACUCCUACGAUUUUUUUUUUCAAAGACGCUGGGAAUGUUGUGUCUCUCCAGCGGGCCGCUGUCGGACAGUCCGCGUCCCACUUUGAAGUAACGUUCAUUAAAUGUGGGGAAAUAGUUGCACUCGGGAAAUAAGAUGAUACCGCUUUGUGAAAGAAGGGCUCUUUUACAGUAUUUUGAGCAAACUGAAACCAUGCAGAUUACUGCAAUUUGAUGGGCAAAUUUUGGCAGCGUUGGCAGUCCUUUUGCUAAUCUUUGUGAUAGUUGUUAAGAGUAUCUAAUAAUCCAUCAGUCUAACACACCCUCCCCCAUCCGUAGUUGUUUUUAAUAUAAUACCUGGGCACAUACUGCCCCCUAGUGGACACCUUCAAGCAUUCGUUCAAAAAUGAAGAUCUGAUGCUCAGAAAAUGAAUCAGGGUUUGUUAAUGGACGUUACAUCAAUAUACAUUGUUGAUAUUUCAUACCAAAAGCUAUUUCACUUUUUCAGAAGACGAUUGGUCAUCUACGUGCCUGGGCCGCGUUGGUAUUCCUAUUUCUAAAACGUUGAUUGUAAACCAGACAACUAUCAACUUUGACAAGUAAACCCUUUUCUUAGGCCCGUUAGUGCGCAUGCUGAUGAUAUAGGUAAAGAUAAGAAUAUUGAUAAUCAUAACUACAAUAAUAGUCAAUAUUUAUUGCAUAUCUAUAAUUCAUCUGAUAUUAACAACCCAUAAUUGUUAAGUCAUUGUAAGGUGAAAUAUGGCUGAAUAGAAGCUAACACAACUAAUGUCGCUUGAACAUUUUAGAAAAACAUUUCUGAGAAGUCGCAUUUCUGAGAAGUCGCCAAUUUAGAACACGCUCACAGUGUAUUGCCUGGGAACGCAAGGUAACCAAGGUGAGUUACCUUGGUUACCCAAGGUGAGUUACCUUGGUUACCUCACCACUUGAACCUUGCCCAGGCCAGAGUUGCGCUCUUUGACAGGAUCCCUCCACUUUCUCCUGUCAAGGAAAGACGAGGGACAAAAAAUAUAUCCUUGUUGCAUCUUGCAGCAAAUGGACUGAGACCAUCCUCACUGAUUCAGAGUUGUUUGAUUAUUUUAGUGGAACUGUUGAAGUGUGAUUGGCUCCAGUCGCCACCUUAUUGAGGUUAAGCGGUACAGAUUAUGGAUUGAUGUUUAAGUCUGUGUCAAAAACUUUUUCGAGCAGUUGUGUAGCUGCCGAGUCACAGCUGUUCCAGUAAAAGCUUUCUUUCAUACAUUUUGGUGCUAAUUAACAUUUCAGCUGCUUUGAGAGCCACCACAAGAGGGUAGCACUGACAUGGUCAUGUUUCAAUAAAGGUUUAAGACACAUGGGGCUGUUCUACUGGGACCUUUGCAUGGAAAUUCUAUGUAGAAUGUUCUAUGUGACGUAAUGACGUCGCAAUGGAAAUUUUGUCAGCAUUUUAAUAUUUCUUUUUAAAAAGAGUGCAAUAAAAACUUGAAUGAAGUACUAGAAUAAGCAAAUAUACAUUGUUCCAAUACCAGAUUGUUCAACCAAUGACACAUUUAUUUAAAUAUCACUGUUAAUUUGAGUUUGACAGUCAAGCCCGGUCAGCUUUAUGCUGUGGACUUUUGCAUUUAAGGAAAUGGCACUUAAACUGUUGUAAAAUUGCUUUGAAUUAUUAUCUUAUCAGAUCACCUUAUUUAUGUGUGUAGAAGAAGUUCAUACACAGCAUCACAUUGGCAUAAAUGGAAUACAUACACAUGAAUGGAAAACCUUUAAUUUGCUUAAAUACAGUAGUUCACUUUCAAAGAAGUGAGCUUAUCUCACUGCACAGUAAGCUAUGUUGUGGUUAGAUAUUUCCAUGGGAACCAGUGGCCGAGGCGGGAGGGAGGAUACUGUUCAUGCAGCACAGGAAGGCGGGUGUUACAGCCACUUGUUUCCUGCUUCGUUUGAACUGUCUUCAUCCCUCAAACAGCCACACAUGUGCUGGUUGUCACAAGAGAGAAGCUCUUUGUGCAGAUCAGCCUUUUGACUGGAGCUGUGAGUCCAUCUCGUUCAAGACAACCUCGUGGAUUUUACAUAUCUUCAGACUGUAAGUUUCCUAUAACUCUACCGGAGGAUCCAUGUGGGUGGUGGAGAAGAUCCCAGUGUCGGUCGAGAGAUCCAACCUGCCUAUCCCGUCAGCAGAGCUCAGCUUCAAAAUUAGUGACAUCAUGUUUGGAGAAAAAACGGAAAAAAACAAAAGGAUUUCUCUCUGUCCUAAUGUCAUCACCCCUGACAACAUCCCAGAGUUCUGCAUCCCCCCCACUUUCCCGUCCCUGCAGGAGAUGAAGAGCCCGGAGCCGAGCCGAGCAGCUCGCCUUAUCAAGGGGUCUCCCAGCGAGAGGCCUGGCCCAGAAAUACAGGUGACACAUUACGAGCCCAUGAACCCACACAUCAUCCAGGUGGAGAGCGUGGAUGACGGCCCCUGCGACGGCUGCAGUGACGAGGAGACCACCAAUGCGGAUCCCCAAAGCCAGGCCGCCUUGUCUCUUCCACACAUAGCCAAAGCUCAGACCUGCUACGGCUUUUGCACCUUGCUGGAGAGCCCCCACACCAGGAGAAAGGAGUCGCUCUUCCACUCGGAUCCUGGCUGCUCUCCCCUGCUGCUGCCAAGGAGCCGAUCCAGCGUGGGCUCAAAGGUCUCCCACUCCAACUCGCCCUCCACCUCUCCGUCCUCAUUCAGCCUUAACAGCGUGACCUCCAGGAUUUCCCCAAGAGGAUACACCCUGAACUGGCAAGCCAGGGUGAAAAAUAUCACUAGAAACCAGAAACCUAAGUUCCCCGUUGAGUAUGCAUGAUUUCAAUUUUUCCAGCUAUAAUACAGAAGUUCUAUUUCAAGGACAUAUUUCAAAGGACAUAGUUGUCUGCUGUUAAAAAUACAUACUGUAUACCUGUAUAUAUUAGGGGUGUAACGAUUCAUUUUACCAACAAUUCGAUUUGAAUCGCGAUUCAUGGUUGCCGAUUCGAUUC